CUGUGAGAUAAAAAGCUAAUUUCUGCUAAAUUUCUGUCUUAAAUGCUCAAAAUAUUCUUAAAUACGAUGAUUUUUAAGUCAGUAUUAUACGAGUAACUAAAAGGAGUGUUGACUGGACAAAACAAGACAUUUAGAAGACUUCUGACAUUUUACAGCCCAAACAAGUAAUCUAUUAAUUGAUGAAAUAAUAAUCAGAUGAAUCAGCAAUGAAAAAAAUUGCUAGUUUCCCUACUUUCGUUACCUUAAUUGUAGUUGUUUUUUCUGUAAAUCAUUUUGUAUUGCAUAUGCGUAAAUAACGCGCAGCCUUGCGCACCGUUAAGUAAUUUUGGCUGACAUUAUUACGGAAGUGUGUUGCAUGAGAUAUCUUAGUUUUCCUUUCAUUCACUGAACAUUUCUCUCAGUUGACUUAUUUUCUUGCGGUGUGUUUAUGCUGAAUUUGUUAGACUGUGUUUGUUGUUUUAUUAUUAUUUAUUAAGUGGACACCGUUUAAGACGUGGGGACAGUUGUGAGGACACAGUUAAAGUCCAGGUAGGGAUGACAGAAAAAGGCAGCGGCCCGGUGGCUCGCACGGUGCUGCAGCAGUGUCUGCAGGCCAGACUGCAGGUGAAACCUGCGGAGGAAAACUCAGAGGCUCAGUUUGUGCAGAUCGACAGAGGAAUGGUGAUCUACAUCUGUUUCUUCAAAGGAGCCACAGACGACAUCCUGCCCAAGAUGGUGUCCACUCUGUUGAACCUGCGGCUGUGUGAGUCCGACUCGGGGAAGAUGGUGUCGGUGCUGGAGCUUCCCGGCAGCCUGCUGAUCGUCCCUCAGGCCACGCUGGGUGGGAAGGCCAAAGGCAGGGCCAUGCAGUACCACAACAACAUCAGCAAAGAGGACGGACUGCGGCUGUAUCGGCGCUUUGUUUCUCUGUGUGAGAAGGAGCUGGCGGCUGCUGCUUCUGAAGUGACGGUGAAACACGGGACGUAUGGAAACAGACAAGUCCUGAAGCUCGACACCAAUGGACCAUACACACAUCUGAUGGAGUUCUGAGAUAGAAAACUUUAAGUUGCACAUGUAAUGCUGUUGUUUAGGUUGAAAAUGUCUGAAUAUCCACCAACAAGGCCAGAAAGAGUCUCUGGUGUUGUCUAAGAAUGAUGUAUUGAUAUUUGUUUGAUAUAUUUUUUAUAAAAACAAUUGCACAGA